AUGAGUUUGUGUCUUGGAACAAAACGAUGUGUUUAUGUGGGGGGAAAAAAGAGUGAUCUUUUAUUUAAUCUCCAGGAGGUGUUUGGUUACCAGACCCGAAAUCUACGCAGAGCCCUCUGCCUCCUAACCUCUGUGCUGACGUGUGGAGCCCUUCUGCUGGUGUUCUACUGGAAGCCCCAGUGGAGGGUGUGGGCCUCCUGCAUCCCGUGCCCCUUGCAAGAAGCAGACACUGUUUUGCUAAGGACAACGGAUGAAUUUCAAAGAUAUACAAGGAAGAAGGUAAUCUGCCUCUACUUAUCCAUGCUGAAGUUCCCUAUAAGCAAGAACCCAGAGGAACCCGUGGUGGCUGACUGCCACUCUGUCAUAAACCAAGCCGUAUUAAAGCCAGAAUUAAAACUGCGUUGUAUCCAAGUGCAGAAAAUCAGGUAUGUUUGGGACAACUUGGAGAAGAGGUUUCAGAAAGUUGGGUUGCUCGAAGAUAGCAACUCCUGCCAUGACAUCCAUCAUACGUUUGGGCUGGGUCUGACUAGUGAAGAACAAGAGGUCAGAAGGUUAGUGUGCGGGCCCAAUGCCAUUGAGGUGGACAUACAACCCAUAUGGAAGCUGCUUGUUAAACAGGUUUUAAAUCCAUUCUAUGUGUUUCAAGCCUUUACCCUAACUUUGUGGCUGUCUCAAGGUUACAUCGAAUACUCUGUGGCCAUCAUCAUCUUGUCUGUUAUCUCCAUUGUCUUAAGUGUGUAUGAUUUGCGACAGCAAUCAGUUAAGCUGCACAACCUUGUGGAGGAUCACAACAAAGUCCAGGUUACAGUCAUUGUAAAAGGCAAAGGUUUGCAGGAGCUGGAAUCCCGUCUCUUGGUUCCAGGAGAUCUUCUUAUCCUUCCAGGAAAAGUUUCAUUGCCAUGCGAUGCUGUUCUGAUUGAUGGAAAUUGUGUGGUGAAUGAAGGCAUGCUCACAGGAGAAAGUAUACCUGUUACAAAGACACCAUUGCCCCCCACGGAGAACAGCACUGCCUGGAAAUCCCACAGCUUGGAGGACUAUCGGAAACACGUGCUUUUCUGCGGAACAGAAGUCAUCCAGGUCAAGCCCUCUGGGCAGGGGCCAGUAAGAGCAGUUGUUUUGCAGACAGGUUACAAUACAGCCAAAGGGGACUUGGUGAGAUCCAUCCUCUACCCCCGGCCUCUGAACUUCAAAUUAUACAGUGAUGCCUUCAAGUUCAUAGUGUUCCUGGCCUGCCUUGGAGUCAUGGGUUUUUUCUAUGCCCUUGGUGUAUACGUGUACCAUGGAGUCUCUCAAAGAGAUACUGCAGCCAUGGCCCUGCUCCUUCUGACCGUGACUGUCCCUGCUGUGUUGCCCGCUGCCCUGACCACAGGCAUCGUGUACGCACAAAAGAGGAUGAGAAAAAAGAAAAUCUUCUGUAUCUCCCCGCAGAGAAUCAACAUGUGUGGACAAAUCAACCUCGUGUGCUUUGACAAAACUGGUACUCUUACGGAAGAUGGACUGGACCUCUGGGGGACUGUCCCUACUGCUAACAACUGUUUCCAGGAAGUCCACAGCUUUACCUCGGGCAGGGCUUUGCCGUGGGGCCCUCUGUGUGCAGCCAUGGCCAGCUGCCACUCCCUGAUCCUCCUGGACGGGACCAUCCAGGGAGACCCACUGGACCUCAAGAUGUUUGAGGGCACUGCCUGGGUAAUGGAAGAUUGCAAUGUGGACUACUGCGAAUUUGGGACGUCAGAUACAAACAUAAUAAUAAAACCAGGACCAAAAGCCAGUCGGGGCCCCGUGGAAGCCAUCACCGUCUUGCGUCAGUUUCCAUUUUCCUCCAGCCUGCAGAGGAUGUCUGUGGUCGCUCAGCUGGCAGGGGACAGUCACUUCCAUGUCUACAUGAAAGGUGCCCCCGAGAUGUUGGCCAGGUUCUGCAGACCCGAAACAGUGCCCAAGAAUUUCUCACAGGAGCUGAGGAAUUACACAAUGCAAGGCUUCCGUGUCAUUGCCCUUGCCCACAAAAACUUGAAGAUGCAGAAGCUUUCAGAAGUGGAGAGUUUAGCAAGAGAGAAGGUGGAGUCAGAGUUAACAUUUCUGGGACUUCUCAUAAUGGAGAAUCGCUUGAAAAAGGAAACCAAACCCGUCUUGAAGGAACUGAGGGAGGCCCGCAUCAGGACCGUGAUGAUCACCGGGGACAACCUUCAAACAGCCAUUACUGUUGCAAAGAAUUCUGAAAUGAUUCCUCGAGGGAGUCAAGUGAUCCUUGUUGAAGCCAAUGAACCAGAAGAGUCUGUCCCUGCCUCCGUGACAUGGCAGCUGGUGGAGAACCAAGAAAGGGGACCUGGAAAGAAUGACACUUACAUCAGCAUUGGAAACAGUUCAGUGUCUGAUGGAGAGAGAGGGAGCUGCUACCAUUUUGCUAUGAGUGGGAAAUCAUACCAAGUGCUAUUUCAGCAUUUUAACAGCUUGCUUCCAAAGAUUCUGGUGAAUGGAACUAUUUUUGCAAGAAUGUCUCCUGGGCAGAAAUCUAGCCUUGUUGAAGAAUUUCAGAAAUUAAACUAUUAUGUAGGCAUGUGUGGAGACGGAGCUAAUGACUGUGGGGCUUUGAAAAUGGCUCACGCGGGCAUUUCGCUGUCAGAACAGGAGGCGUCUGUGGCAUCCCCUUUCACCUCGAAGAUAGGCAAUAUUGAGUGCGUGCCUCAGCUCAUCAAAGAAGGCCGAGCUGCUUUGGUUUCAUCCUUUGGGGUAUUUAAGUACUUGACCAUGUAUGGCAUCAUCCAGUUUAUUGGUACAUCGCUGCUCUAUUGGCAACUACAGCUUUUUGGGAAUUAUCAGUAUCUUAUGCAAGAUGUAGCCAUUACCUUGAUGGUCUGUUUAACAAUGAGCUCAACUCAUGCCUACCCAAAGCUGGCUCCGUACCGACCAGCAGGACAGCUCCUUUCUCCUCCUUUGCUGCUCUCAGUCUUUCUGAAUACCUGUUUCACCUGCAUUGUGCAGGUCUGUGCAUUUCUCUACGUGAAGCAGCAGCCCUGGUAUUGUGAGGUCUACAGAUACAGUGAGUGCUUUCUGAACGACCAGAGUCAUUUCUCAACAAAUGUGAGUUUGGAAAGAAACUGGACUGGAAAUGCAACUCUGAUUCCUGGUUCAGUUUUAAGUUUUGAGAGUACCACCCUGUGGCCCAUCACCACCAUCAACUGUAUCACAGUAGCAUUUAUCUUUUCCAAGGGAAAGCCAUUUCGAAAACCCAUCUACACAAACUAUAUAUUCUCCUUUCUGCUGAUGUCUGCCUUGGGCCUCACAAUUUUCAUUCUGUUUUCUGAUUUUCAAGAUAUAUACCAUGGAAUGGAGCUCAUCCCAACCAUCACAUCAUGGAGGGUUUCGAUUUUGGUGGCAGCCCUCACCCUGUUCUGUGUGGCCUUCUUUGUAGAGGAUGCCGUCCUUCAAAAUCAAGAGCUCUGGCUAUUGAUCAAGAAAGAAUUUGGAAUCUAUUCUAAGAGUCAAUAUAGGAAGUGGCAAAGGAAACUGGCCGAAGAUGCGACCUGGCCUCCCACAAACAGGACAGAUUACUCAGGUGACAGCGAAAGUGGAUUCUACAUCAACCAAGGCUACGAAAGCGCUGAACAGAUUCCAAAAGGGAAGCUCGACCUGGGAUGCCAAACCACAGAACAGCAUUUCGAGACCAGAUUGUAAUCAGAAUCGUUGUACAUUCAUAACAGCACCAGCCCCCCUUUUCCAAGAAACUAAAGCAUUGUAGGGAGUUGAGGAGAGUCUGCCCUUAUCUUUUUGUUUUCCAUCUGAAGAUUCAAAGAGCAUUUCUCAGUGUAUUGAGCCUUGCAACAAAAGACCUUAAAUAUGCUUAUUUUGACUGUAUUAUCCAAUGGUAGAAAAAAAUGCAUUUCCUAGAAUAUCUUUUUUUUAACAAACUUUAUUCACAAUGCAUAGCACUGUCCUGGUUAAAGUGCACAAUUUUUCAUGGUAGUGAAAUUAAUAGUAUGAACAUUGAUAGAAGAAAGAAAAAUUGAAGAAGACUUUGAAAAUUUCACCAAUGUAAUUUUUAUUUUCAUCUACAGAAAUAAAGG